AUGUCGUCGACGACAUCCAUCCAGUUGGCCGAGUACAGCACCUCGGCUGCCGUGGAACCGGCCAAGACAACCGCGACCCGGCGCCGUGUUCCGCAGGCUUCCGACGACGAUGAGACGGCCAUCUUGGAAGCAUCGCGGGCCGCAGACUCGGAGGCCCCGGACGGCGGAUACGGCUGGGCAGUUGUUGCGGGCGGUGCUAUUCUGCUCUGGUGGGGAUCUGGAACUACAUAUGCUUGGGGCGUGAUGCAGCGACAGCUUGUUCAGGAAGGGCUUGCCGGUCCGGCUGUGCUCUCUUUUAUUGGUUCGCUACAGGCGGCGAUGAUUGCGACUUUGGCUAUUGUUAAUACGGCGCUCAUGAGGAAACUCGGUCCGCGGACAAUGGCUAUGAUUGGUAUGACGCUCAUGGGAGUCAGCGAGAUCAUAUCGAGCUGGACGUACCAUAGCGUUCCUGGAUUAUUUAUCACGUUUGGCUUGAUGACGGGUAUUGGAGCAAGUUUCGGCUUUGUGGUCAUUGCUGCCGUCCCGGCGCAGUACUUCAACACGAAACGAGGAUUGGCGAAUGGUCUUAUUUUUGCAGGCAGUGGGUUCGGCGGCGCAGCAAACAGCUUUGUCAUGGACUUGCUCAUUCGCAAAGUUGGAACGGCCAUGUCUUUUCGUGUGCUUGGCCUGAUGACCCUGGCUACUGGAUUGCCUGCUGCUUGGCUGUUGAAGGAGAGGACUAGGAUUCAGCCUCGCCGGUUUGUCGAAUGGCAACUCUUCAAGACAGUCAACUUUACGCUUAUUUGGCUGGCUGCCGCUAUUGGCAACUUUCCCAUCUUUGUGCCACCAUUCUUCCUCCCCCUGUACACUGAAGCUCUCGGAUACUCGUCAAGCACCGGUGCCAGUCUUGUGGCUGGCUAUACCCUAUCUUCCGCCGUUGGGCGCAUCGCAUGUGGUUACUUGUGCGACAAGCUCGGUUCCAUCAAUAUUCUGCUGGGAUCACUGGUCCUCUCGUCCGUGAGUAUGCUCGCCAUUUGGCCAGCAUCACAAUCUCUCGGACCUCUAGCGCUCUUUGUGGUGGUCAACGGACUCUCUAAUGGUGGCUUCUUCUCUACGACACCCACUGUGGCAAGCAGUGUGUUUGGCAGCGCACGCGUCGGCAUUGUCAUGUCCAUGAUUAUGACGGGCUGGGUCGGCGGAUACCUCUUGGGCGCGCCUAUUGCGGGUUACCUGCUCGAAGCAUUUGGAGGUGCCGAGGGCGGCUUACAAGCGUACCGACCAGCCAUGCUGUAUGCCGGCUCCGUGGCAGCCGUGUCUGCCAUCAUGCUGCUCACAGUACGUCUGCGCAUCGACAAGAGGCUCAUGGCCAAGGUUUAG